AUGGUGUUUUCUUGUGAGUGUGGUAAUAAUUCACUGAGUCCUGAGGGACUAGUUGAACACCUCCGUUUGUAUCACACAAGUGAUGCAGUAAUUAAUCACUACUACUGUCGACAGUCUCCGCUUUGUGCUGGGAUUUUAUUUGAUGAUUUGAGGAAAUUUAAAGAGCACUUAUCCAGGAAGCAUGCAGGUGACGCUGGUGGUGCUCCAUUAGAUGAACCUAAUGUUCAUGAUGUUCAUGAAAAUGGUCAGGACCAGCAGGACCAAAUGGAGCAGAUACUUCAAAAUGACAUUGUUGAUAACCAACCAAUUUAUUAUGACACCUUUGCUAAAGCAGUAUAUGAAUCUGGCUUAAUGUUUACAGCAAAACUUUACAAUAAGGAUACUAUUCCAAGGUGUGCUGUACAAGAAAUUGUUAGUUUCACUCAAGACUUUUUAAGUGGAUUUGCAUCUCUGUUAAAACGUAAAGUUUUGAAUACAUUUUCUCAAAUUGAUGAUCUUGAUGAAGUUAUUGUACAGGAAGUUGACGAUUUGAAAGCAAUGUUUCUUAUUCUUGAGAGUCCUUUUGAUGAGCUGGAUACUGAAACAAAACGUAUUUCUUGUUUGACUGAUGCUAAAGCAUACAUUCCUCCUGAAAAAUAUUUUAUUGACAGUAGACCUGCACCGAUUCAGCGAAAAGGUGUGAUGUAUAUGGAAAUGGUGCCAGCUUAUGGUCAGUUUGUAAAGAUGCGAACAACUUUAAAGCUGUUUUUGGAAAUUCCUGGUGUAUUUGAUAAAAUUAUGGAAAAUAUUGCAAACCUUACCGCUGAAAAUGAAGUGAUUUCUAAUUUUAUUCAGGGAGAGCUCUGGGCUGAAAUAUCUGCACCUUACCAUGCAGAAGAUAAAAUUGUACUGCCUCUUUUCUUUUACACAGAUGACUAUGACCCAAAUAACGGUCUAGGUUCUCAUGCUGGUGAUGACAAAACUAGUGCUGUAUAUUAUAAGAUUCCAUGUAUGCCUAAAGAGUUUCUCUCUGUCCUUCGCUAUAUUUUUGUUGCAGCUUUGUUCUAUGCAAAUGAUCGGAAAGCUUAUGGUAAUAGGAAAGUGAUGGAGCCAGUACUGGAAGAGUUAAAAUACUUAGAAACCGUUGGAAUUCUUGUUAAUUUACCAGACAGAACAGUACGAGUGUACUUUGCUCUGGGAUUGUUUCUAGGUGACAAUCUUGGUCUUAAUGGCAUCUUGGGAUUUGUUGAAUGUUUUGUUGCAAAUCACCCUUGUCGUGUGUGCAAAAUCCAUAAAAAUGAAUUACAUUUUCAGGUAGAGGAUACUGACCAGCUUUUACGUAAUAGGGCAAAUUAUGAAGCUGAUGUCGCUCUAGGUAUUGUACUACACACUGGUAUAAAAGAGGAAUGUAUUUUUAAUGAAUUGAACUCUUUCUUUGUGACUAGAAAUGUGUGUGGAGAUUUGCUCCAUGACUUUGAAGAGGGAGCCUGUGGUUAUGGGUUGCCAUUGAUACUUCAUUGGCUCAUAGACAUAAGGCAAUAUCUAACUCAUGAUACUUUUAUUGAAAAGGUUGCUGCAUUUCAAUACGGCCCACAUGAGAGUGGAAACAAACCCUCUACCUCCAGACUUAAUCCUGAAAGAUUUACAGCAAAAAAAUUCAAUUUGUCUGGUUCUGAAAGUUUGUGUUUGACUAGAUAUUUAGGUGAAAUGAUUGGUCAUCUAAUACCUUCUGAAGAGCCCGUAUGGGAAUAUUACUUAACUUUGCGAGAUUUGGCUGAUAUUUUGUACUGUCCUUUCUUUGUACCUGGUGCUGAGAUACUUUUAAGAAACAAAGUAAGAGAACAUAAUGAAUUAUUUGUUGCUACAUUCGAUGAACAUCUCAAACCAGUCCACCAUCUGCUUCUUCAUUACUGGAGAUACAUUCGCUCCAUAGGCCCCCUUGUGCAAACCUCAACAAGUCGUUAUGAAAGCAAGAACCGGGAAGGGAAAAUUGCAGCUUACAGUACAGAAUCAAGGGUUAAUAUUAUUGUGACAAUUAUGAAAAAAAAUCAACUCAAAAUGGCCUAUCAACUGCUUUCUAAAAAUCAUUUUGACUUACAAUUUGUAGCUGGCUCUAGAACCAAUUCCCCAGCAAGCAUUGUCCCAUAUUUUCAGUUGUUUUCUCAAAUCCUCAACAUUGAGGAAAAUGAUAUUCUGUCUUGUGUCAAAAGUGUUGAGUACGGUGGAACCCGUUAUUGUAUUAACAGUGUUGUUGUCCAUGGCAUAACUCACAACACUGCACCAAAAUUUGGAAAAAUAGAAUCAAUUUUUAUUUAUGGCAACUCUCAGCUUAAUUUUGUCUUACAGGACUUUGAUGUUUUGGAAUUUGAUGAUCACCUCCAUGCUUAUAAAGUUGAAGAAAAUGGUAACAUCUUGUGCAGGCAUCCAGCACAUCUUGCUGAUCAACAACCACUUUGGUUGCGGUAUGGUGCCAGAGAUGGCACCAAAUUUAUAUCUUCACGACAUGCUUUUUAG